AAAAAAAAAAGUUACACAAGCAUAGAGGAUGAGGUCUUUACAGCCGUUUCACAACUGCCCUCACGCCUACAUCUGUCACCCACUUCCACACCGGUCACACCUGCUGCAACAAGGCUUUUCUUUGGAGGAAAUAUAUCACAGAAAAACAUCACAAUCAUUCAGUCAGUGCAGAGACUCGUCCACACCUCCUCUCUCUGCACAAUAACCCUGAAAGAAACACGCUGUUUUCAAGCCAGAGUGGCCAGACAUGACUGGGAAUACACCGGUAUGUUAACGUGAUUGUCUCGCAAACAAGUAGCUCAUAGUCGCGUCUGUCUGGAGCGCAUCUACUCUAGUGCGUCUCACAUUGAGGACUUCACUUCUACUAUAAUAUCUGAGCCAUGGAGUUGAGUUCAGUGAUCCUGACCACCGGCAGCUCAGUGGGUUUCUUCAGUCUAGUCAACGCUGGAGUCAGACAGCUGCCCAUGCCUGAGUCUGCCUGCAGGAAUGCAUGGAAAUGGAGAAACAUCGCCACAUCCUUUACGCACAGCUUUAUCACUGCGAUAUGGGCAGUGCUUUGCUUUUUCCUUCACCCCCGGAUGGCUGAAGAUUUGAUAGAAACUCACUCUGUGUUUUCUCACGCUUUGGUGUCGUUUUCUAUUGGUUACUUCAUCCAUGACUUCCUUGACAUGGUGGUGCACCAGAAGCUGAGUCUGAGCUGGGAGCUUCUCUUUCAUCACUUUGUGGUGAUCACCUGCUUCGGCCUUUCUGUGCUGUCUUACCGCUACGUGGGCUUUGCCGUGGUGGCCCUGCUGGUGGAGGUGAACUCGGUGUUCCUCCACCUCAGGCAAAUGCUGCUUUUGGCCAACUGUGCCAAAGGCACGCUGUACCGGGUCAACAGCAUCAUCAACCUGGGCACAUAUGUGGUGUUCCGUAUCAACACGCUGGCCUGGAUGACCCGCUGGCUGGUGCUCAACAGAGACAACGUGCCCCUCCUUUCCUACACGCUGGGCAGCGUGGGCAUGGCCAUCAUGACCGUCAUGAAUAUUAUUCUGUUUUAUCGGUUACUCAGGAGCGACUUUUUGAAGAGCAGCACCCGGGAGACCAAGAAAGAGAAGGAGAUGUAAAGAGGAGGAGAGGAAGGGACACAAGAAGGAUUAUAAUUCACACACACACACACACACACACACUCCUUACUGUAUGUUAACGCCCUGUGGCUGAGAUGUGGUACUGUUUUGCUUGUGUGUAAAAUACUCAGAGCUGCAGGGAUCUUUUCUAUCUCUCAUACUGUACAGGUACCUGCGUACAAGUUGUAAUCAACACAGAUCACACACAGCCAUUAUGUUAAGAGCUACAUUUAGUUGUAGUUUUAACUUUAGGCUUGUGGUGUGUCUGGUCCAAUCAUCCUUACGUGCCAUUAGGAGCUCACUAAUGGUAGAUGGAGGAUUAUUCAUAAGAACAAUGUAACGCCUUGUAAAAUAACACCAAACGCCUUAUUUCCCACCGGGUGUUUCAGCUAAAUCUGUUCUAAAAUAUAGCUUAUGGUAUACACACUGUUCAUGAAACAAACCCACCAGGAUUCGUAUAUAUUUCCAUGGGAAACGAGUACAAAUAUCUUAAGAAUAACCUGUUAUUCAUAUGUAUUAUAUUAUACUGUUGUGGGUUAUUUAAAUCCCUUGUAACGUUCAUCUACCACUGAGUCAAAAACCUUCUUGUUGUUUAACGCUAGCACUGCAGAGGUGAAUAUAUUGUUUUUAUAAAUAAAUCUCCUCAACUAAAAAA